CAGUGGCCCGGAACCAAGAUGGCGGCGCCCAGCGGAGCCCUCUGGACCGCGCUGCUCCUGGUGACCGCGGCACUGGCGUUGGCGGGCGCCGUGUCCGAGCCCACCACCGUGCCGUUUGACGUGAGGCCCGGAGGCGUCGUCCAUUCCUUCUCCCAGGACGUAGGGCCUGGGGGCAAGUUUACAUGUACAUUCACAUAUGCUUCCCAAGGAGGGACCAAUGAGCAAUGGCAGAUGAGCCUGGGGACGAGCGAAGAUAGUCAGCACUUCACUUGUACCAUCUGGAGGCCUCAGGGGAAGUCCUACCUGUACUUCACACAGUUCAAGGCUGAAGUCCGGGGUGCUGAGAUCGAGUAUGCCAUGGCCUACUCCAAAGCUGCGUUUGAGAGAGAGAGUGAUGUCCCCCUUAAAAACGAGGAAUUUGAAGUGGCCAAGACAGCAGUGUCUCACAGGCCUGGGGCCUUCAAGUCUGAGCUCUCCAAGCUUGUGAUCGUAGCCAAGGCAGCACGCUCGGAGCUGUGACCCCCGCCUGCCUGGGCGCACUGCCCACUACUUGUCUGGGACGCUGGUGUUGCCCUGUCUGCAGCUCACACUGCAGCACUGCUGAACUCUGAGCCUGUCACCCAUCUCCCCAGGUGCAGGGCAUGCUGGGGGCCCGGGGGAGGGGGCCUGGCUUUGCGCAAGUCAGGUGUGGUUCCCCCUCUGAGCUGCAGGUGAGCGCCCCAUCCCCGGGACUGUUUCUUACCCACCCAAGGCACCUCCAUUCAAAAGGAGGGGAAGAGACGGAGCAAAUAAACCAAUAAACACCACCCCAGCUGGGGUUCUCUGGGCUCAGGACUCAAGCCUGGAUUCCACUGCCUUCCAUGGUAGCAGCAGCAGGCAUAGGCAUGUGUCUCCCCCAAGAGCGACUAUCACACGGCCCCCAGCCCUUCAUGGGGAGUUUUGUGUCUGUGUCAUUUCUGUGCCCACGGAGGCCAGAAUGGGGUUUCGGGUCCCCUGGAUCUAGAAUCACAGGUGAUUGUGAGCCACCUGUGGGUGCUGGGAAUCGAACCUGGGUCCUCUGCAAGAGCAGCCAGUGCUCUGUUGAGCCACCUUCCCAGCCACAGUAAGAAAUCAUUAGAAACAAAAAUAACCUGCAGCCAAAGAAACCUAUGUAAGCUAAAAGGUUUUCAGAGGGAUCCCUUGGCCCCCCAGCUUUGACCUUGGUCCUGACCUCUGGCCAAAUACCAAGUGAGAGUCUGGGGCUGCCAGGCAGGCCUGUACCUGACACAGGCCUGUAGGGUGCUGCGGUCCCCCAUUGUUUAGGGGUGGCGUCCCAUUGCGUGGACUAAACAGCCUCCUGCUACCCUCAGCUUCAAGGAGGGGACCCUCUGUGAAUGGGAGGCUAGCCUAGGCUGUGUAGUGAGUUCCAGGAUAGCUCAGACUGUACAGUGGAACCCUGCUUCAAUACAGGGGAGUUGACCUUUAGGACACUGAGUGGAAACUGAGGACUUCCCAUGCUGCAUGUGCCCCAGAAGGACAUAGCCAUCAGCGUUGUCUGAGGGGCCCGAGGCUCGGGGCUCCAGUACCUGGGUGUAGGUGACAUAGUCCUAGCCUCACGCCCCUCGGUGUGAAAGGACCCAGGAUGAAGUGAGGUCACUGACUGCCUGGCUCACCCCAUGUACCUUUGAGGGUCCCCAGCUGUUUGCAAGAAUACAGAGCAGUUAGAACUGGGCGCCGGGACACAAUGGCCCUUUAAUAUUUAAUCUUAAAUUUCUGAGAAAA